AUGGCAAAGGAGGAUUACAGACGGGUCAAAUGGAUCGAAUACGCCGAAAGCUACCCAACUGAGUUUUUAAUAGGUGGAAAGUGUCCAGUUACGUUGUGGGACUCUUUUGCUGUUGAUAUGUUUGCGUACAUGAUUGACAAAAAACGAGAGAAAUUUGUUGUUAUCAUUUGUCACUUUUGUACGGUAAAGCUUUACAAAGGCAAGCGUGGAGUCGCCAAUAGUUUUGAUCUCAGUAGACUUUUUAUUGAUAAUGCUGACAUUGAAGAAAUUUCAUCUUUCAAAGAGAGGUAUGCUGCGAAAAUUUCUGCUUCGUCCUCAUCAAAUGAGAAUGUUGGUUCUUAUAUUAUUUCAACUGUGGAAGAUGAGUUCCUCAACAAAGGAGAUUUCAUACUCAUUGCUUUACUUGGAACCAUAUUAGAGAAAAAGAAGGUGUUGGUUCUCGGCACAGUCAUGACCAUAUGCACUGAUAAGCUUUGUUUCAAGAUACCUAUCAGGGUGCAAGAUUCUUCUGGUACUGUUUCAUUAACCAUGUUUGAUUAUGAAGCUUACAAAAUUUUUAAGAAAUCUGCCAAAGAGUUACUUGCUAUCCAAGAUCAGGUCGUUAAUUCCGGAGAGAUACCCAACCCAUAUCCCGAGAUCUUUGACACAUUGGUUGGAAAGAAGUAUGCGUUUGUCAUAAAUGUUACCGAAUAUAACAUUGAAUAUCAAGUAGAAAACUAG